ACAUCUGCAGAAAAUCCUCAGAGACGCAGAUUUCAGAGAUGAGCCCACUUUUCUGUGUUCUUCUUACACUGGGCCUCUGCCUGGUGCCCAGUCACUCCAGAACAACAGGUCUGGACAGUUCUACUCUUCAAAGCUGUUUUGAGGAGGCAAAGAGAAUUGUGGAUGAAGCCUAUAAGUACUCCAGAGAUGAGAGCCUGAGCAGAGUGCGCAGGGAACAUGUGAGGCCUCAUGAUGUCCUCCGUCUGAUGAAGCAGCCCCGCGGAGACACUCGCUCCGCCGUGAGGUCUGCAGACUACCUGGCGCAAACCCUCCGCCUGCUGCACGACAGGGCCCACCGCCUGCACAAACGCUCCCUCAACGCAACAGAUUUACUGACUCCUGAGCAACUGGCGAGCCUGUCUAACAUAACCGGAUGCUCAGGUCGUGUCAGGGUGCCGUCCUGCCGCACCACUCAGAACGUUAACAAGUACCGCACCAUCACCAGUGUCUGCAACAACCUAAAGAACCCUCGACGUGGAGCCUCUAACACGCCAUUCACCCGCUGGCUGCCUGCUGAGUACGAUGAUGGAAUCUCCGUGCCAAAAGGCUGGGACAGAAACCGAAGGUUCAACAACUUCAUGCUCCCCCUGGUCAGACAAGUGUCCAACAACAUCCUGAGCACAAAUGACCGGGACGUGGUCAGCGACAGAGAGUUCACCCACAUGGUGACCUUGUUUGGCCAGUGGAACGACCACGACCUCACCUUCACGCCCUUCUCCCCCAGCAUCCGCUCCUUCAGCAACGGUGUGGACUGUGAGGAGAGCUGUGAACGCACUGAACCCUGCAUCCCCAUUGAGAUUCCACCUCGUGACCCCCGCCUGCCCACCGGCCCGGACAGCUGUAUCCCCUCAUUCAGAUCCGCACCUGUUUGCGGAACAGGAUACUCCGCCUAUAAUUUCGGCGGAGAAGCCAACAAGAGAGAGCAGAUCAAUGCUCUGACGGCCUUCCUGGAUCUUAGCCAAGUGUAUGGCUCCGAGGAGAAGCUGGCACUUAACCUGCGUGACCUCAGCAACGAUUUGGGCCUGAUGCGCGUAAACGCCCAGUUCAGAGACAACGGACGUGAGCUGCUGCCCUUCAGCACUCUGCAGGUUAACAUGUGCGCCACACGUGCGAGAGUCACCAACAACACCAAUGCCAGGGAAGUGCCCUGUUUCAUUGCAGGCGAUGUCCGUGUGGAUGAGAACAUUGCCCUGACGUCUCUGCACACGCUCUUCCUGCGAGAGCACAACCGCUUGGCCCGCGAGCUGAAGAGGAUCAACCCACAGUGGGACAGUGAAACGCUCUACCAAGAGGCCCGCAAGAUCAUGGGGGCUUACACACAGGUGUUUGUUUUCCGGGACUAUCUGCCCCAUAUCGUGGGUGACGACGUGAUGCGCAGACAGCUCGGCCGCUACCCCGGUUACAACUCCAAUGUUGACCCCAGCAUUGCCAAUGUAUUUGCAACAGCAGCUUACCGCUUUGCCCAUCUGGCCAUCCAGCCUGUGUUGUCCCGCCUUGACGCCAACUUCAGGGAAAAUACUCGGUUUCCAAGUGUCCCCUUGUACGAAGCCUUCUUCACCCCCUGGAGGAUUGUUUUCGAGGGUGGCAUCGACCCCCUGCUCCGUGGUUUGAUCGGUCGUCCUGCUAAACUGAACACUCAGGAUCAGAUGAUGGUGGACGCUCUGAGGGAAAGGCUCUUCCAGUUUGUGCAGCACCUGGCUUUGGACCUGGGCUCUCUCAACAUGCAGAGAGGACGUGACCACGGCCUGCCUGGCUACAAUGCGUGGCGCCGGUUCUGCGGGCUGUCUCAGCCGAGGAACCAGGCUGAGCUGGCUCAGGUCCUCAACAAUACCAACCUGGCCCGCCGGCUGCUGCAGCUCUAUGGCACCCCUGCCAACAUCGACGUCUGGCUGGGAGGCGUCGCAGAGCCGUUUGUUCGCGGUGGCCGUGUCGGACCUUUGUUUGCCUGCCUCAUUGGGACACAGUUCCAGAGAAUCCGCCAGGGUGACAGGCUGUGGUAUGAGAGCCCCGGUGUCUUUUCCAGCAGACAGAGGGCUGCACUGGCCUCUGCCUCCCUGUCCAGGAUCAUCUGUGAUAACACCGGCAUCAACAAUGUCCCCCAAGAUCCGUUCAGUGUCAUAUCUAGAAGGAAUAGGCUUGUCCGCUGCAGCAGCAUCCGACGUCUGAACCUGUCUGCCUGGAGAGAGAGAUCCUGCGAGAGCUCAGACUGUGAACUUAUCUCAGGACCUCCAGGACCUCCAGGACCACCAGGGCCUCCUGGACAACGAGGUCCCCCAGGAAUGAUAGGACCUCCCGGCCCAGCAGCACCCAGCAACAAUGCAACACAGCUACAAUCUGCCUUUUCCGUCCGACUGGGCAAUUACAACCCCUCUUCUGAAAAAAUCAUCCGCUUCCGACAGGUCAUCUACAACGGACAGAACCAUUACAGCACACAGACAGGGCGGUUCACCUGCGCCGUUCGUGGGGUCUACCAGUUCAACUUCGUCUGUACGUCCUUCAUCCCGGUGGGAAACGUGGGCUUGUGGCGUAACGGUGAGCUGGUGCUGCACAGCUUUAAGGUGUAUCAGGGUGGUCGGCAAACAUCGACAGGGGACACGGUGCUGCAGCUGGAGCCAGGGGACCAGGUGUGGCUGGAGGCCAGUGAGGGAAGCAAUGGCCUGAGCACAGACAGCUUCUUCUCGGGUCACCUGAUCUUCACUGUAUGACCUACCUCUCUGGACCGCCGCCCUGAAACAAGCACAACACUGGUCUGUCUGCUUCCACGUCCGUUUUGAUUAGUGAACCUCUAAACUAUUUAAUUUUCAGAUAAUCAGGACGUAUCAAAUAUUCAUUAAUUUGCUGUCAUUUUUUUUGUGUGUUAAUGGAACUGAAUGCCUCAAAGCUGUGGAUUACACGUAUUUAACGUUUUUCAUUUUCCUGAGAUAGAAACAAAUCAUCACACUUUUGCACAUAAUGAACAUGAAACAUCACCGUAGCACACCUGCACUAGCAUUUUUGAACACUGUUACAUUGUGCAAACUACUGAACUGAAAAUCCCUCCGUUCACUUCAACAGCAACAGGCUACUUUGUCUAUAGUCUAAUUUGAUGAUGUCGUUACCAGUAUUAUAUAUGAACCUGUUAUUAAGAGUUGAUUAUGCUGAAUAAAUACUCUCCGCUCUGAUGAAAUUGAAGGAUGCUUUCUGUAUUUUGUGCACUACGCUUUUUUUUAGCAAAGCUUAUUUUGCUGUGACUUUCUGAGUCUGUUGUAUUUUGCAUUCAAUAAUUAAAAAGAAACAAAGCAACAA